AUGUUUGCAGGCAACGCUGAGGCAACACGAAUGAUGAGGUAUGCGGGGCAUUGUGCGGUCAAGCUAGACUACAAAUAUCACAUUGCACCCUCUGGAAAGCAGAAUUACAUGGACAUCUUGACUCCAUCAGGCUUCCUGUUGGCUUUGUCCAUGGUGCUGAGAGGAGAUCCUCGGGGGUUCUGGUGUCAUUUUGGCAUCAAGUGCGGGAGCUGGAGUCAAAUGAGUCAGGGGACGUCUGGAAGGUCGAUUUGCACGGCUCUGGGUAACCAGGAUCAUGCUUUCGUACAGGAGGGUAACUGUAUGGCUUCGAGGAUGUCGUUGUUGCUGCUGGUCGUGACAGCCAUGUCCGGAGUAUGGUCUGUUGAGCAGCCAAGCGGCAGUUUCCUGGAGUAUUACCCGCGCUUCCGCUGGAUUAUGCAGGCACUGGGUGAAGGUGCAGUAGCUCGGCCUGUUACCAAAGUGACGUGUUAUAUGUGGCAUUAUGGAGCUCCUACGCCAAAGCCGCACUGGGCUUUCGCAAAUGCAAGUGCCAUAAGCCUGCUCUACAAGGGGCCGCUUCGGAAUUGGAAGGAGUAUUGCAGGACUCACCCGGACAGAGUUCGUACAAGCCACCGAUAUUUAGAUGCUCGUGGAGUGAAGCGGUUCCAUGGAAACAAGAACCUCAAGCCCACGGAGCAUUAUCCACCCCAAUUCGGGUUGCGACUCGUGGAGCUCCACGACCAGGUGCUGGCCUCUCAGAAAGGCACGCCCCAGCUGCCGGACGAAGUGCCGUCAGCGAUGGAUACCUUUAGCUCGAUGGCUUAUGAUGAUAUGUGGGAUGAAGGGAUUAAGCAGGUUGCGCAAGAAGGGCUCGACCCCGCCGAGAUCCGUGAAAUGGAGGAGAUGCAACAGCAGCUUCAGCAUCUGGAAAUGCAGGAGAAGAUGCUGCAGAACCAGAAUGCUGAGACGCAGCCGGCCUUUGACCUGGACAAGGAAGCGAAGCUGGGUGAGGCAAGCACCGCGACCCCACCCCGCUCCGUCUCCCCCUCUUCCCUGGCUACGAGUGCGCAGAGCCAGGAGCUAGCCGAGCUCGAGACCCGCGUCUGCAAGAUGGUCAUGCAGGGAACGAUGUCCUUGGAUACAGCAAGUGCGGUCUUGGGUUACCGGGUGACAGGCUGUAGCCCUGACAAGAAGAAAUCCCGAACCACCGAGAACCCCGAGCCCGAAGCGGCCCGAUCCACCUACAAGCCCGAACCCGAAGAAGCUGCUGCCAAUGAUGAGAAGAAGGGUGAUGCUCACGAAAGCGACCGAGGGCCCCCCAAUGACUGUCCGGUGGAGGACGAUGAAGAAGAGGAUGAUGAUGAUGAUGAGGACAAUGCUAAGUCCAGCAAGCCCUCCGGCUCCGGUGCUGCGCCACGGGCUGGCAACCACACCGCCCUUUCCCUUCAGUACGAGGAAUCAGGCUACGACAAGGAUGCCUUCGUGACGGCCGUGCAAAAGAGCAUCGCCCGGAAGGACACGAAGAAAUGCUCUGUCGAGGAGGGGUGGUACUCCAAGGAGGACAUGGCACGGGUUCUGCACUGGAACCCGAAGAAGAUCGCCGGCGCGAUUCGUGCAUGCGAGGCGAACCCCACGGCCUUGGUCAGGUCCUCCAAGUAUGGCGGUGAGAACGAGUUCUGGGUCCAGGUUCGAGAGGUGGGUGUCCGGGAGGUGGCCGAAGAGAGGGAGCAGCGGAUCAGUCAGAACAUCCAGGAGCGCCGUGCUGCUAUCGACGAUGACUUCUCUGGUCUUGAUGACUACAGAAACCGCAUCGACGCCAACCACGCUCCUGCCGUCCAAGCGGCCAGCGAGGCCACCAAAGCCAAAGAAGCCUUCCGCAAGUUCAUUGACAGUGUGCUGGCCAAGAGCGCCAAAAUCCGUGCCCUCUGCCGUGAGCUAGCCAAACAGUACGAUGACCCUCUGGCCACUGCGAGCAUCGCUACCUUGGAGAAUGAUGCCAAGAUGUUGGACGACUCGUACACGUGGCGCAAGGAGAGCGAAGCGAAGAUGAGGGAUGAGACGUACAAGCAACCGGGCUUAAUCCUGGAUCUGUAG